AAAUAGUUAGCUCUCGCGUUACUGAUACAGAAGUAUCUCUGUCCUUGGUUGUUCUAAAAUGGGGUACUGGGACAUUGAGGAUGGGAGCGAUUGUUUUCAGAAGACAUGGAUUACCACGAAGUGGGGCACAGUGUUGGGUUUGGUUGGGUCGGCUUAUCACAUUGUAGCAUUCCAACCGAAGACGGCCAUGCAAGCAGCUGAACGAGCAGCAGCAGGAACACUGACAAUGGCCGCAAUGGGGGCCAUUUUUGGUAUGACCACUUGUAUGAGUGCACAACUACGGGAGAAACCAGAUGACCCAUGGAACUACUUUGCUGGAGGCUGUGCAUCAGGAAUCUUACUGGGUGUUAGAACUCAUAGCUACAUGACAGGAACGUCUUUGUGCCUGGCUUUGGGGACGGUAGCAGCACUAACCAAGAUUGGAAAGAUGGAAGGAUGGAGGCUAGUGGGACCUCCUAGGGUGUAAAUGUAUUGUUCGGAUCCAGCUAUAUGUUCUUGAAAGCCUUUAUUUAAAUUGUAAAAUAGUAUUGUCAUUCUAUCUUGUUAAAUAAAAGUUAAAAAAAUG